GGACGCCCGGCCGCUUUCGUUUUGCAGGCGGCUGUGAGACGGCGCUGUGCGGGGACAUGGCUCGGGGACUCUUCCACCUGCUCCUCAAAGCCCCUGAUGACCUCAUGCAUGUUGCCCCCAGUGAUAAACGUGGAAAGAAAAUAGUCACCAACUUCUGAAAGCAUCAGCUCUCUCAUCUGUGGUUGCGUUAGUUAUGGAAACACAUUGCAAAAAUGAUACAGAAGUUCCCAUACACAUAGCACACAAUAAAUCUAUUACAAGGAAGAGAAACAUCGCUAAGCGAGAAAUUAUCUGUACAGAGGAAGAGUACAUUUUAAAUGAUCAGUGCUGUAUGAAAUGUAGACGUGGUCAUGUCAAAAGUACUGAGUGCCCAAACACUCAAGCACAUUGUGUACCAUGCAAAUCUGGAGAGGAGUACAUGGAUCAUACCAAUGAUUUGGACAAGUGUAUGAGAUGUCGUUCAUGUGACACAGCACUUGGUUGGAAGGUUGUAAAGAACUGUACUCCAACAGAGAAUGCAGAAUGCUCCUGUGCAAAGAACCAUUAUUGCAAGUCUCCUCAAUGUGAAUACUGCGAGUUAUGUACCGUAUGUGAAAAUGGCCUAGUUGAAAAGGAAUGUACUUCAACUACAGACACUGUGUGCAGAAUGCAAGAAGCAGGAAUGCCACCUUGGGGUACCGCACUUAUUGUCUUAUUUGUGGUAGCAUUAGCAGUUGCAGCAGGAUUAAUACUCUACCGUAAGAGAAAACAGAAGAAUUUUAUUACCCAAGGUAACACAGGCACUGGAAGAGACAGUUCUUCUGAGACUUUUACACUCAUAUCUAUAGAUGAUGACCUGAGCCGCCAUAUCCCUGACAUCGUGAGGGAGAUGACACUAGAUGAGGUCAAGACUUUUGUUCGUCAUCACCAGCUUUCAGAACCUACCAUAGAUGAAAUUAUCCAGGAUAACUUCAAUAACGCAUCUGAACAGAAGAUUAAGCUCUUUCAGAAAUGGCACCAAAGGCAUGGGAUAAGAGGAGCCUACGAAACCCUAAUAAGCAGCCUGAGAGAUUUAAAAAUGCGUGCAGUAGCUGAUAAAAUUGAGGAAAAACUGAAGGCAGCUGUUUCAAGCCACCAGGAAAGGAGAGAGUCUUAUAAUGAUAAAACUGGGCAAAGCAAUUCCUGCAGUCAGGAAGGUGGAAAAUCUUAUCAUGAUAAUGCUGAAAUAAGUAAAACUUACCCUGAGAGUUUGGAAGAGACAUAGCAUAGAAUUAUACGAAAAUUAUUUCUGACUGAAUUAGUGUUUUUUUACUACUACAAAUAACAAAGCUUCUAAAAGCCAUUUUGUUGGCAGCUCAGGGAGUUUUUCAGGGUACUUAUAACACAAAUGAAGAAUAGUUCAGAUUUUUGUAGAGGUACGUUUCCUUUAAAAAGAAGUCUUAACUGUUUAUUUUGAUUGUUAAAAACAGGACAGAUUAAUGGCUUAUUAAAAGUAACAAUAGAAGAGUUCAGCUAUAGGACUUGUUACAAAAAGAACAAAGUGGUCACUGGCAGAAAGAUUUAACUCAAAUGUGGUAGUCCUGAACACUGACUCAAUGUAGUGUUUCAAUUACAUUAUAGUUAUGGGAUGUUACAUUUUUCAAAGUGAAAAUUCUAGUAUUAAAAGUGUAUGAAAUAAACAAGGAAGAAUGCUUCAACAACAAAAUAAUAAACUUUUGUAUAAUAUA